AUGGACCAAUUACAUUUCAUUUCCACCUCCCCUCGCUUCACCACAAACAAACAUCUAUAAAUGCCCACUUCCCCCCGUUUCGUCUCCCAAAUCAAGAAUAAUUUUUCAGUUUUUGUUUUUAUAAAACGAAGUCGGUUCUCAUAGCAUAUGUCGCAGAGGCCUAACGUACCUCAUUCUUGUUCCAUAGCUUUUGGUCUCCAUUCCCAUCUCCUGGUCUCCAGUGAGAUGAACCCCAGCUCCAGUUGGUCCUGUGAUUUUCAGUCCCAUUGAUUCAUUUUCUUUCUGGGUUUCGUAGAUCUUAACGUAAACCAAAGAAAGAUUCAAUCUUUGUGCCUUUUGACCUCUUAAUUGUUUCAUUUUCUGCAAAACUUGAGAUGGGUGUGAAGGGAUUUGUUGAAGGAGGCAUAGCUUCAAUCAUUGCCGGGUGCAGUACCCACCCGUUGGACCUGAUCAAGGUCCGAAUGCAACUGCAGGGCGAGAACGCCGCGCCAAAGCCGGCUGUCCAGACUCUCCGACCCGCUCUAGCCUUCCCCAACGGCGGCGCUCAAGCCACUACCACAACUCACGUGGCUCCUCCUCCAGCGCGUUUGGGCCCUGUCGCUGUCGGCGCGCGUAUAAUUCAACAAGAUGGUGUCGCUGCUCUUUUUUCGGGGGUCUCCGCCACCGUGUUACGUCAGACUCUUUACUCUACAACCCGAAUGGGUCUUUACGAUAUCCUGAAGCAAAAAUGGACCGACCCGGAAACCCGAGUCAUGCCCCUCUCCAAAAAGAUCGUUGCUGGGCUAGUCGCAGGAGGAAUCGGGGCCGCAGUUGGCAACCCUGCUGAUGUCGCGAUGGUCAGAAUGCAGGCCGACGGACGGCUUCCUCCGGCGCUGAGACGGAAUUACAAGAGCGUGUUCGACGCGAUCACUCGAAUGGCGAAGCAAGAGGGGAUCACGUCGUUAUGGCGCGGGUCUUCGCUGACGGUGAACCGCGCCAUGCUCGUGACUGCAUCGCAGCUCGCGUCGUACGACCAGUUUAAGGAGACGAUCCUCGCGAAAGGAAUUAUGAAAGACGGGUUAGGGACGCACGUGACAGCGAGUUUCGCGGCGGGAUUUGUGGCGGCAGUUGCGUCGAAUCCAGUGGAUGUGAUUAAGACGAGGGUGAUGAACAUGAAGGUGGAGGCAGGGCAGGCUCCGCCGUACGCGGGUGCCCUGGAUUGUGCAAUGAAGACGGUGAAGGCGGAGGGACCCAUGGCGCUGUAUAAGGGGUUUAUUCCGACGAUUUCACGGCAAGGUCCCUUCACCAUUGUUCUGUUUGUUACUCUGGAGCAGGUCAGAAAGUUGCUCAAAGACUUCUAAGUUCUAACGAUGAUGAUGAAAAACAAAAUUCUAGUUCCGUUAUUGUUCAAAUAAAUGUCUUGGAUUUUAUUGAUUCAAGGCUAGUGUUUUCAGUGUUCUUCAUUAGGCAGAAACAGCUCCAGAGGAUAAUUUCUGGUGGCUAUGGCUUUCUGAUGUGGUAUGUUUUUGUCAACUUUUUUGUAUUAUAUGGCAAUAAUGCAUUUCCUGUUUGCGAAGGCAGGUGAUCUGUAUUUGCUUAAAAUCUCAAUCUUGUCGGAUUCUAUAAAGAUUAGAUUUGAGAUUUGAAAUUGAUUUAUCAUAUGACUCAAUUUUCUUUCAA